AUGGAUAAGCUGACUGGGAACAACGUGACGGUGGUGAACAGCUCCGUAGACAAGUGGUCUUUCAGUGACAGAGGCUCAUACCAACACCUGGACCACGAGGAGCUGAGAGUCCUGGUGCCAUCUAUUCUAGGAGUCAUCUGUGUUUUGGGUGUAGCUUGUAAUCUUACUGCAAUGAUCAUCUUGUUCUCCAAUGCUCAUAGGGGCAAAUUAUCUCUCAUCAACUCCCUCAUCUUCAACCUGAUGUUUGCUGACGGACUGGUGCUGGCAUUUACGGUGCCUUUCAGGGCUGCCUCCUACUCCAAAACAAGCUGGAAUCUGGGCUGGGUGGUCUGCAAGACAGCCGACUGGUUCCUUCAGUCCUGCAUGGCAGCAAAAAGCUUCACAGUGGCUGUCAUGGCCAAAGCGUGCUACCGCUAUGUGUCUAACCCCACCAAGCAGGUAAGCAUCCACCUGAGCUCCAUCUUGGUGGUGUUUUUCUUCAUCUGGCUGUCUGCCUGCUCUGUCACCAUCCCUCACUGGCUGUUUGCUAGACUGCAGAGAGAGAUCCGCGGGCUGGUAUGUGUGCUGAUAGUUCCUCCUGAAGCCAGGGAUUUCAUGUCUGUGUACUCCAAAGCAUACCCUCUGGUGGUCUACUGUGCACCUCUCAGCUUUGCCCUGGUGUAUUUCUGGAAGGCUUAUGGCCAGUGCCAACGUCGCUCCAGUAAGACUCAGAACUUGCGCACACAGAUCAGAUCCAGGAAGCUUACCUUGAUGCUGUUUAGCUUGACUGUGGCCAUGGCUAUUCUCUGGCUUCCACAGUGGGUGGUGUGGGUUUGGGAACGUCACAUAGCAGAGAAGAAAAUCGAAGGAGCUCAGCCCCUCAUAUCCUCUCUUCCACUUCUUCUAACCCUGUGUGCUCAACUGCUCACCUUUUCUCUGUCCCUGGUGAACCCUCUCAUCGUCCUCUCACUCUCUGAGGAGUUCAGAGAGGGCUACAGGGGGCUGUGGAGACGCCUUACCCUACGCAAACAACCUCCUCCAAAGCCAAAACCCGGACCUCACAACCCCACAGCUCACCAGUCACCUUGCCCAAGACCAGAGACUUCCGGCCAGCUACAGGGGGAGAGGAGCCUUCGAUUAAGUGCCAGCCAGGGUCCCAGCAGAGCUCAGCCUCAGUUGGAGCAAAGAGGAGGAGGGAGGGAAGCAGACACGGUGAGCCUCAAAGACGGGACUGUCUUGCCUGAUGUGGAGCAAUUCUGGCAUGAGAGAGAGACGGGAUCGCACACAGACGAAAAUGAUCCUGUGCCAUGGGAGCACCAGAGCACAGAGGGGAAAAAAUAA